UGGUUGAACCCGAAUCCGCUUUUCCUCUCCACCAUUGCUUUCGGUUCGUGAUCGAGGGCAUCGGAGCCGAGGUUGGAUGGUGCGAUGGGUUGGUCUCAUCCCGACGUCUCUCUCGACGAUCUCCUGCUCCUCGUCAAGGGCUUCGUUGACAUCCUAAUUCUCACCAAUGGCUACCAGUCCUCGGGUCUCCCUGCUGUCUGGGACGCUGCCACCAUCAAGAACGCUGUCCAUUGGGGUCUCUUCUUCCAGGACGUGUUUAAGAGGAUAAGUGGCUCCAAACAUUAUGAAGAAUCGCUAAACGAACUUGACAAAGCUUUGAGGGAUAUUAUAUCCAAUCCAUCUUUCCCACAGGGUCUGGUCUAUCUGUCUUCAUCAUCACUUUGUAAUGCAAGCGAUCUGGUUAUUGAAUAUUUACUUCAAGUUGACAAUCUGGGAGCUAAACAUUUGAUUUCACUUUUAACAGCAAUUGUGGAGAUGGAUGUUAAUGACCUUACUGGUCUAUGUAAUGUCAAUCCAUCUGCUUAUGCAGAUAGAUUGAUUCUGCAGAUGGAAUCACUAAAGUUAUUUUCAAAGGAUAAGGGAAAUAUAGUUAACUCUGGAGCUUCUUCGACUGCAAGUGAUCCAAACAUUUGCCAUGUUGCAAAGGCUAGAAAUUGCAACCUUUCUCUUUCUGAAGCCAAAGAAUGCAACUUUGCUGAUCCUUCAUGUUUUUUGAUUCAUGAAAUUCUUAAGAGGCAAACUCUUAUUUCAUGCACAUCUUCAGUAGAGAAUUGCUUAAACUCCUUUUUAAUGCUGGUCUUAAAGGAGUGCCUAGUUUCACACAGAAAGAUCUCCUUGGAAGGGAGAUCAUCAGCUACUAAUUCUCCAGAGAACAUGUCCGAGUUUUUCCAUUGGAGCCAGUGGCGGAUGAGGUGUUUAUUAUAUUUAACAGACAAAAGAACAAUCAAAAUUCUCUCUGGUGCCAAAUUGAUUUUCAGUGCUCCCAAGGUACAAUGGAUUAAAGUCCUUGACCAAUUAAAAUUUUCAUCAGAUGUUGAGGAUGGACACCUUCUCGAAAUUGUGGAAAUAUCAUUGUUGGGCUUUAUAUCUUGCAAAUGGAUAGAUUUGAUCGAAAAGUUUGUAUCUCAUUCAUGUGAUUACCUUCCUAUCUCUGAGCAGUAUUCUCUUCUCCAUUGCGUUGUGGAAGAGAAUUCUAAAUCUACACAUCCACACAUUGAAUCCUUGAGUUCCAUGGAAAAGGAUAUCAUUGAAUAUGUAGCUGCGUUAGUGGAUUCUCAGCAUCACAAAUUAUGGCAGCUAUCCCAUGUACUUGUGGCAGCAGUUCCAUUAUGGUCAAUUUUGUUUAGGGCUAUCUGGAAUGAUAUAGAGAAGCGAUUUGUUGGAGAAGCCUCUUCUCAUAUCAGAUGCAAUGGCUGCAAUCAAGAGGGCAAGGAACACAUCGACUGUGAGGUUUCUGAAAGGAUAAGGUGUCUCUACGCAUUCCAUGUCUCAAAAACUCACUUCAUAUCUAAUGAUGGUUGACUGGUGCAAGCUAGGAUAAUGAAGCAACUGGUGCACAAAUUUGCAACAGGCUAAAAAAUGACUAAGAAACUAAUGCGCGAGGUAACACUGGGGAAUCAAGUUCAUCUUCUAGUGACAUACCAGAACUGUGAAAUAGUUUUUUUUAGGAACUAAUGUUAUGUUUUGGUAACCAUUAAAUAUUGAUUAUUACAUUGAGUUCUGCAGCUAUUCUUCUUACGUGUUUGUUGCUUUC